UGCCAGCUGUCAGUGCCCAUCCAUGCCACCUGCCAGUGCACAUCAGUGCCACAUUUCAGUGCCUACCAGUGCACAUGAAUGCCACAUAUCAGUGCCCAUCUGAGCUGCCUUUCAGUGUUACCCAUCAGUGCCAGUCAGUGCCACCUAUCAAUGCCAGUCAGUGACACCUAUCAGUGCCGCCAAUCAGUGCCACCUAUCAGUGCCAGUCAGUGCCACCUAUCAGUGCCAGUCAGUGCCGCCUAUCAGUGCCUGCCAUCAGUGCCACCUAACAGUGCCAGUCAGUGCCGCCUAUCAUUGCCAUAUAUGAGUGCUGCCUUUUAG